AUGAGCGAAAAAGACGAGGAUGAAGAAAAGGAGAAGACACCAAAUACACACAAAACUCUGACGGGAAAGGCCGCACGCCUAUUGAGGAAGAAGAAGAAAAGGGGCGGAGCGAAAAUUAGAAUACAGUUUUUCAGAUUUUUCUAUUUUCUGGGAAACGAAAUAAUCUGA